AUGGUCUCCAGCGACACGGAGAAGGACCGGGGGAAACAGCGAGUCCUGCGGGAGGACGGGGUGCACACCAGGGAGGCUUCUGCCCCUGCGGUGCUGAGCCAGGCGCGCAGGUCCCGAGCCCGAGGUGCUGGCCGGGAGGAGGUCUGGGCGAGGCAGACGGGGGCAGAAGGGCCCAGGUCCACUGACUCUGCCUGCGAGACGCCCAGGCAGACCACCCUGGGGAGGCCGGGCCACAGACGAGGUGGCCUCCAAGGCCCAGGAAGAGGCGGUCAGGGCUCAGACACACACAGGGGCGACCCUGGAGGCCACGGGGAGGAGAUGGCCGUCCGCACGCCCAGGAGGGAGGCCUCCGGAGGGCCAGCCCUGCCCGCACCCGGGUCUGGGGUUCCGGCCUCCAGGCCUGGAGACGUGAGUCCUGCUGUUUCAGUUGCCCGGCUGUGCUUCGCCUUUGCCGGUGCUGGGCUCACUUUGCGGGAUAGGGGGCAGGUACUGCCUCCACCGCUGGGAGCUCUGGCCACCGCAGCCCACUCAGUCCUGGAGCCCACGGCCUGCCGCCUGCCCACACUGGGCUCCGCUCUCGCGAGCCACCCGCCGUCGGGAGCGCUAGGACGGAGCCCAGUCCCCGGGCUGCAGCAUCAGGGCCAGGCAGCGGGACUGGCCAAGGCCUCGGGCGGGCUGACGGCCCUCCCUCGAGGCUCAAGGCUCCGGGCCCCUGCGCAUCAGUCGCGGGGGCCUCCCGAGGGCAAGGGCAGGGUGGACAGCCGCUCCAUCAUCGCUGAGGCCUGGCCUCCCCACCAGAGAUCUGAGCGCGGGGCCUUCGUGGACCGUGCCGUCAUCCCUCAGGCGGAGGCUGAAGGCGGCCUUGCUGUGACAGUCCUGUCUGGGCAUGCCAGGGACAUUGUCCCCUGA